GAUUCCUAGGCCGAUUGAGACAUGGAAGUAACCGUACUUCACGAUGUCUCCCUCUCUCUCCGCCCCCAAGAGUAACCAUAGCAAAGGCUCUCUCGCCGUAAAAUUCACAGUACCGGAAAGAAACUGAAUGAACAACGCUCUCGGUAUUUGGAAGAUUUUACUGGGCAAAAGGCGAACCUUGGCAGUGACGUGACUUUGAGGACAUUAAGGACAAUAUCACACAGUUCAUUCGAAUUAUGUCACUUUGCAUCUGAUAUACAGUCGUCUUUUAAUGAACAGAGUCUGUGUCUUUCUGUCUCGAGAGAUUGUUUGUUGACUUUUUACAAUGCCUGUAAGUAACGGCUCGAUGAUGGAUUUGCCUUCGGAGAAUGUGAAAAUAAAGGCACAUUACGGAGGGAACAUGCUGAUAUCUGACCUGGACUCAGCCAUGACGUACACAGAGCUGUGUGAGGAGGUGAGAGAGAUGUGCGGUGUGCGCAGAGAGCUGCCAAUAACACUCAAAUGGAUUGAUGAUGAAGGGGAUCCGUGUACUAUUUCCUCUCAGAUGGAGCUGGAGGAAGCAUUCCGGAUCUACAGCCGGAACAGGCAAUCCGGACUCCUCCUGCAUGUAUUCCCAAGCAUUCCUGAAAAGCCUGGUAUGCCUUGCCCAGGAGAGGACAAAUCAAUCUACCGCCGUGGAGCUAGACGAUGGAGGAAGCUGUACCGGGUGAACGGACACCUCUUCCAGGCCAAACGCUUUAACAGGGUAAGUCCACCAGUCUUCUUCAGCUCGAAUGAUGACGGCUCAUACAUUUGA